AUGAUGAAGCAAUUGAUGAUUAUAAUAAAGUUUUAAAAUAUAGAUGCUAACCAUGCUGAGGCAUUUGCAGGAAAAGGUAUUAUUAUAUUAAAUAAUCAAAAGAAAUUUGUCUAUCUUUUUAUCGACCAAAUUUCUUAUUAUAUUGUAUUAAUGAAAGACCAACGACGCAUUAAUUAAUUUAAAUUAUUCAUUAAAUCUUAAAUAAACUUGCUUAGGAUUUUAUGGACAAGGUAUAAUAAUAAUAAUAAUAAUAAUAAUAAAUCUAAGGAUUAUAAUUAUAUAUGAUGAAUGAUUAUUAUGAAGCAAUUUAGUAUUUUGAGAAAGCUUUGAACAUCAGACCUUAACAUUUAUUAUCUUUGUGGGCUAAAAGUAAAUUUAAUUCUAUUAAUUCAAGUUGAUUGCCUAUUAAUAUAGGAAUAUGAAAUUCUAGAAUAAAAAUGA